CAGCUUCAGCACUGCAAUGGCGUUUCGGGGGAAGAAUCGCCAGGUCCUCGAGGUCGAUCCGGCGGACGAUCCUACAGCUGAGGUGGCCACCGCCUUCGAUCGUCUCUCUGUUUCGCCCAUCCCCAAUCCGUCUGCAUCUGCCGCCGUCGUUCAGGUCUGUUCUCCUUACGCCCUCGACAACAGUGGUACCCAGCAGCCUCAGUCGUCGUCCACUCGUGAUGCCACCAUGGUUCCUUUACCUCCUGCAAGUGUGCUGUCUUACCGGUACCAAGAGGUCCUUAAUUGCCUUCACGACGCCAUUAACGAGAUGCAACAAGUUUCAAUGAAUUUGAAGUCACUGGCCACUGACCAUCUUGUUAGUCAACCUGAUUCCGGUGAAGAAUUGCUAGUAAACCAAUUAAUGUGGCGUGUACAUGAGCUUGCACAAUCACUUGAUAAAGCAUCAAUUUGUUAUCAACUUGUGCACGACAAUUCUUCGCCACCCUUGUCGGAGUAUUGCUACAACGAUGAUUCAGAUUCAGACCAUGAACCUGACUUGAUGAGGCAUUGGCCACUGGAAGAUGUUAGCUGGGAAGAGAUUCUGGAUCGUCAAAGGAAGUAGAUUUUCGGGGUUAGUGUUUAGGCACUACAUGAUGAAGUAUGUGUUGGGUUAUGAUCAAGUAUUUGUGUGCUAUGAUGAAUUCUGUAUGUGUGUGGCUAGACAUUAACUUAGUCUGUUGUUAUGUAAGGCCUUGGAAGA